CCCCAAUGACGUCGCUCGGGCGCGACGUUGUUGGCGUUCAGUUGGCGCUCAGAGACAAACAGAGGAAGGAACAGGAGCUGCGGUGGAUCAGAGAUGCCGUCCGGAUCAGACUCCUCAGGAUGUGGACUGAAGUCAGUCAGACGAUCUCCUCGUCUGUCUCCUCAGAGCAGCAACAGCAGCAGCAGUAAAGGAAAGGAGGAGAGGAAAGGAGGAGGAGCUCUGCAGGAGGCGAAGAGGAGAGGGAGGAUGGAGAGGAGCAAAGAGGAGGACGAGGAGCUGAGCGAUAAACUGCAGACGCUGGAUCUGAGCAGCAGGUCAGCGGUCAGUGGAACAGGUCUGGUUUACUCUGAGAUCUUCACUCAUCAUAAGAACCUGUGGGACGACAGUCAUCCAGAAUGUCCCGACAGAGUGACGUCCAUCAUGGAGGAGCUGAAGAGACAGGAGCUGCUGUCUCACUGCAUCAGAGUGGAGCCCCGAGAGGCCUCAGAGGACGAACUGCUGCUGGCUCACAGGAAGGAUUAUGUGGAAUUGAUGAAGUCGACUCAGACGAUGACAGAAAGUGAACUUCAGACUCUGUCUGAGAAAUACGACUCUAUUUACCUCCAUCCUGAGUCCUUCCAGGUGAGUGUGUUAGCGGUGGGUUCAGUCCUCCAGCUGGUCGAUCAGGUGAUGACCUCUGACCUCAGGAAUGGAUUUGCUGUCAUCAGACCUCCAGGUCAUCACGCUCAGUCAAAUGAGGCAAACGGUUACUCUGUUUUCAACAACGUGGCGAUCGCAGCUCGAUACGCUCAGACCAGACACUCAAUCAGCAGGGUGUUAAUAGUGGACUGGGAUGUUCAUCACGGUCAGGGCAUCCAGUACCAGUUCCAGGAGGACCCCAGUGUGCUGUACUUCAGUGUCCACAGGUAUGAGCAGGGGUCUUUCUGGCCUCACCUGUCUGAGUCUGACAGUCUGUUCAUCGGCAGUGGACGAGCUGAAGGCAGAAACAUCAACCUGCCCUGGAACAAGACGGGGAUGACAGACGCUGAUUAUAUCGCAGCUUUUCAACAACUGCUGCUGCCUGUAGCCUACGAGUUUCAGCCUCAGCUGGUUCUGGUCUCAGCUGGAUUUGAUGCUGCAGUUGGAGAUCCGAAGGGGGAGAUGUGUGUGAGUCCUCAGUGUUUCCAUGUUCUGACUCACAUGUUGAUGAGUUUGGCUGAAGGUCGACUCAUUCUGGCUCUCGAGGGAGGUUAUAACCUGCAGUCGACAGCAGAGGGUGCUGCAGCCUGUAUCAGAGCUCUGCUGGGAGGAGCCUGUCCUCCUCUGACCCCGCCCACCUCUCCGUCUGACAGCGCCCUGCAGUCGAUCUCUCAGACCGUCUCAGCUCUGUAUCCACACUGGGCCUCUCUGCAGACGCUGGAAGGCGGCCCGUUUGCUGAGGGGCGUGUCAUCAGAGCAACGACCAAUAAGCACAGCACAAAGCAGACUGACCACGCCCCCUCCGUUACCACAACAACAGGUCUGGUUUAUGAUGAGAGUAUGAUGGAGCACCUGAACAUGUGGGACAGACAUCAUCCUGAACAGCCUCAGAGAAUCUUCAAAAUCUUCUCCAAACAUCAGCAGCUGGGAUUGGUCGACCGUUGCCAACGGAUACCAGCUCGCUUAGCAACAGAGGAGGAGUUGUCCAGGUGUCACAGUGUGCAGCACAUUGAGCAGAUGAAGGCCACAGCAGCGAUGAAGCCCAGAGAUCUGUACAAACUGGGAAACGAGUUUAACUCCAUCUACAUCAACAACCAGAGCUUCCAGUCUGCCCUGCUGGCUGCUGGGAGCUGUUUCACUGCAGUGGAGAAGAUCCUCACAGGACAGGUGAGUAACAGCGUGGCGAUCGUGCGUCCUCCUGGUCAUCACGCAGAGAAAGAUUUUCCGUGUGGUUUCUGUUUCUUCAACACGGCUGCGCUCACUGCUCGCCACGCCCAGAAAAUCUCCCACGAUGCACCACUGCGAGUCCUUAUCCUGGACUGGGAUGUUCACCAUGGCAACGGGACGCAGCACAUGUUUGAGGACGAUGACAGUGUCCUGUACAUCUCCCUCCAUCGCUAUGACAACGGGAUUUUCUUCCCGUCUUCGAUAGAUGCUGCCCCUGACAGAGUGGGCGUGUCCAAGGGGGCAGGGUUUAACGUGAAUGUGGCGUGGAGUGGCGGGCGGAUGGGCGACUCCGACUACCUGGCAGCCUUUCACAGGGUUGUCAUGCCGAUCGCAACUGAGUUUAAUCCCGGCCUGGUUCUGGUGUCAGCCGGGUUCGAUGCAGCUCGGGGGGAUCCGCUGGGUGGAUAUCAUGUGACCCCAGAGGGAUACGCCCACCUCACACACCUGCUGAUGUCACUGGCGGGGGGGCGGGUCCUACUCAUACUGGAGGGAGGUUAUAACUUGACGUCCAUCUCUGACUCCAUGGCGAUGUGCACUAGCGUGUUGCUAGGAGACCCACCUCCCUCCUUGGUGUCGCCCCUCCCCCCUCCACAUCACUGUGCCGUGACAGCGAUCAACGAGGUCAUCCGACACCACGCCCCCUACUGGAGUUCGCUGAGGAUAUACAUCCCAGAGUCUGUGCGGACGUCCCUACCCGCCCUGAAGCAUCGUGGGAAACGUAGUUCUAAAGGACAUGGAAGGAAGUCAGAGCAGAGCAGCGCAGACAAACCACCGCUGCCCCCUGCAGGAUCGAAGGAACUAUCAACGGAGGGUGGUCUGGAGCAGCUCACUCGGGGGUUGGCCAGUUUGGACAUCACUGAAACCUCAGCCAAUAACACUCCUGCUACGUCCACCCCCGUGGGCGGGGCCAGACCAAAGGUUCGCCCCAGCUCGGAGAAGGUCACCUGUGAAGGUGAAGUGAAGGCGGAGUCUUGUGACGUGACACCUGAGCAGAGCCAAUCAGCAACAAGUACCCAGCCUCAGGCUGUUGCCGUGGCAGCAUCAGAGUCGGUUGCCUCCGGAGACAUGGCUGCUGAUGGAGCGGGGGCAGAGCCAGAGACAGAGGGAGCGUGUGGUUGGUCGAAGCCUGAGACGUCACUGGAGUUGAUUUCUGGAGGACAGACGGACACUCUGUUUGUGGUGGACCCUCUGCCCUGGUGUCCUCACCUGGAUGCUGUGAAGCCCCUCCCCCCCUCAGGUAUCGACAUCUUCCAGCCGUGUCAGGAAUGCGGCUCUGACGCUGAGAACUGGACCUGUCUCACCUGCUACCAGGUGUUGUGUGGUCGUUACGUUAAUGAGCACAUGGUGAAUCACGGUGUUGUUUCUGAACACCCGCUGGUGCUGAGCUUCAGUGACCUGUCCGUGUGGUGCUACCUGUGUGAGGCCUACAUACACAACCAGAUUCUGUUUGAAGCUAAAAACGCUGCUCACUGCGCCAAGUUUGGAGAAGAGAUCCCUCCAUGGAGCUGAGAGGAGGAAGAGGAGGAGGAGGAGGAUGAUGUAAAACACUGACACUGUUCCUGUCUCUCUCCCUUUGGUGUGAUUGGACUCUUGCGUUGCCAUGGAUACAGCACACCAGCAGUGGUGCUUUGUGGGAAACGUAGCAACGUCUGCGGAGUCUUACAGCUGCCAAAAAAAAAACAAACAAAUGAAGUGUUUUUAUUUUUUUAAAUCCAGAUUGGUGCUGAUAAUCUUCAUCAUCUCCAUCAUCAUCAUCAUCAGCAGGUCGUCGGUUCAAUUCCCUGAAAAUGUGACGAAUCACCAGCAGACUCUGGGUGCUUUUAUUCUGAAAAAAUACUGAGCAGAAACAAAGUUUAUCAAACAAAAAGAGCCAAUUGAGGAGUAGUGAUGAUGUCAUCAGGAGGCCAUGCCCACAAACAGCUGCUCAAUAACAACAAAAAAUUGCAGUUUUAUUUUCGUUUAUUAACUACAGGAAGUUUAAACUGAGAUCAGCCGGAGGAGAAAAAUAAAAGUUCAGUAAAAUAAAUAAUCAGAACAGGAAGUGAGAAAAUAAAUGCUCAUAGAAACAGACGAGUUGUCUGCGUCAUUUGAAAUCGUUUCUGUCUGUAAAUCAUUUAAAUGUUUCAGAAGAUGCCUGAAAAACAAGGUGUUUAUUUCGCUCGUUGUAAAAGGAAAAAACACCAAAAAACAACUGGAUGAGGAGACGAGUCAGAGUUUGUGUCCGUGAACGCAUCACGUCGUUCCAACUGGUUUAAAAACAAAGAAUAAAACAGGAAGUUUGUUUCAGACAGAAAAAACAUGGAUGAAAAGUUUUAAUAACCAGUUUCUGUUGAAGAUGAGAGAUUUUUAAAUGUCCAGAUAAUUUUUACUUUUUAAUUUUCAGUUUUCUUUUGAACAGAAGGACGUCCUCACUUCAGGUGCGUUUGAUUUUUACAACUAAGGAACAUUAUUUUAUUGAAAACAGAAUUGUGUCAGUGUGUAGCUGCAGACUGAGAGUUUAAUUAUCAGGUCUGCGCUUUAAUUUGAAAAGUCUGAACAUUUAGUUUCCUGUCAGCGAAGUUCAACAUAUGAAGACGUUCAAUCUUUAAAGCUGCGGACGGAAAUAUACAAGAGUCAGAAGGUCCUGUGUCUGAGGUGCGUUUGAUUUAAAGACUGAGGGACGGUGAAGGCAGUGUUAAGGUGGAGACAGCAGGAGUUUUGUGUGUUGUGCAAUAUUGUGUUUGUAAAUGUUUUAUUACUAUUAUUACUAUUAAAAUGUUUGUUUGUAUGUAUCUUUGUUUCCUGCUGAUGUCACUCAUUAAUAAUUAAUUUUAAUUUUCCUGUA